UCUAUUGUUGUCACUUUGGUUAUCUCUGAAAGCCUCAGUCCUUCUGAGCUGUUUAGUAGUUUUUCUGAGGGUUUUGGAAAACAGACAUGUUGCUUCCAUCACAAGUCAGGAGGAUAUGGAGACUGACAGACAAGCUGCAGAGGAUUUGACAACAACAGAAAGUAUUGAUUCCUGAGGCCUGACGGAGCCCAAGAAUGUUUCUCAUUGAACUGCAGUGGAGUUUGUUUCAGGCCAAGGCUCUAGUCUGCUCAAUGCUGGUUCUCCUUUGUGUGCACACAGCCACAGGGAUGUCAGGUUGGGAUGGAUGUUUGGAUGGUCAGGAUAUAUUCACAACCAUCAAAGAAAACAGCCGCUCAGGAGAAGUCGUUGCUGAACUCAUGGCUGACACCACAAUGGAAGGGGUUCAGUGGACCCUAAAUGGAAGGGAUGCGGAUUGGUUCUACUUAGAUGAAAGACACAUCCGGCUGAACACAUCAGCAGACAAGGUCCUGGACCGAGAGGUACAGGGUUCUGUCCUAAUGGCUGACUUGACAUGUUAUGAAGAGGACACAUUUCAGACCGCGUACAGGAUCGUGGUGGAGAUUCUUAAUGAGAAUGAUAAUUCCCCCAUGUUUGCAAAAAACACCGUCCAGUCUUUGAUUAUCAGUGAGCUGACUCCAGUGAAUACUGUGGUCUUUACUGUCCAGGCCAAAGAUGCAGAUAACGAUAUGAUAGUUUACUUGAUUGACCAGACAUCACCUGAUGCAGUUUACUUCAAGAUUGACCUCCCUAACAGUGGAGAGGUGAUGCUGUCCAAACCUCUAGACUAUGAGACCAAAAGGCUGCUUACUAUCACCAUCCACGCCUCAGAAAUGAACACUGCUGAGCACUUCAAUACCAGUACCAACAUCACCAUCACUGUCCUGGAUGGAGAUGACCAGUACCCACAGUUUCUGCCCUGCACACUACUUUUCCAGCAUAAGACCAGCCACAUCUGCACCAGCCCUGUGUACACAGUCAAUGUGACAGAGGGGGAGGAGGACAUUGUGUUGGAUUUCUCUCCUGGUCCCAUUCAUGCAGUAGAUGGAGACAGAGAACUCUGCACUCCAGUCAAAUAUGCCAUUCUCUCAGGAGAUGAUGAUGGCCGUUUCCUGAUGGACAGCGAGACAGGGGAGAUGAAACUGAUUCAUGGGGUUACUGACAGACUCACAACUCCAGUGCUGCAUCUACAGGUCAUGGCGUAUCAGGAUGACGACCCCAGAAAGUAUUCUCUUGCUACAGUGUUGGUCCAAGUUCUGGCUGUAAACCAGUUUUAUCCAGAGUUUGCAAUGGCUGAAUAUCAAGGUUUUGUAACUGCAGGAAAGAGCCCUGCGUCUCUGGUCAAUACUUAUGGCAGCAAAGUCCUGGUGUUACAUGUACACGAUCAAGACUUUAACUAUGGUUUCAAUCCCAUGAUCCACUUCACCCUCAGUCCUACAUCCAAUCAUACAGACAUCUACCAAAUUACACAGGAGGGUCUUCUGAUCACCAGGACUGAUCAACUCAAACCAGGGCAGAAACAUGUCUUAGAGGUAGCGGCUAUAGACCAGGAGUCCGGAGAUGCCACCUUUGCUACUGUAGUGGUGGACGUGUUAUCUGAAGGACAAUUAAUCCCUUAUAGUCCACUGGGAGAUGGCCGUAUAACAGGUUGUACCGUGGGCAAAGCGUUGUUUCUGAGCAUGGUGUUCAUGAGUGUUUUUGGAUGUAUCCUGUGGUUGGGGAUGUGGCUGAAGAAGAAACACAAAGGAAAGAGGGACUCAUUGGAGAGAGGCUGCGUGGCUCAGGGCAAACACCCCAAUGUGAGCUUACGGUGGUUCCAAAUGUUGAGUCACCGUAACGCCAUGCCGCACAUGGAGGAUGUACAGUACAACAAUGAAGAGUAUGGAACCUACAAUCUUUCCUUCAGCUUCGCAGACAAACCUGGCAUCUAUACCCACCAAGACCUCCCUGCAUGCCGUGGACCUGUUCCACCCAGAACAACCGCUGCACCCGACACCAGCUUCAUCCCCACUGAAACUGUGCACAGCUCUGUGAUCCUCAGUAAUAUCUCUACAUCAACCAAAAGGUCCUCUAGUUCACCAACCUUUCACCCAGACACUGUGGAUGUGAGCCUCACACAUAUGGCUCAAGAUGCUCCACCCAAAGAAAACCCUGGUUCACCAAAUGAUACAUCCUCAGAGGAACUACCUAACACUUGUCUUAGUCCUGAAACCCAUGAUAUCACUAUCACCCCACCAUUAACUUCCCCUGAUUCACAAACUGAACAAACUACCAAUAAUGACCCUGUCAACUCUGUCACCAGCCCUUCCUCUCAAUCCAGUAUUCCAUGCAGUCAUACCCGAAUUGCUUCAGCAGAGAUAGACAAACCCUUCAGCAAACCUUGUGUGAAGACACCUCCAAAUCCACCAUUAUGGUCCUCAACCCCCCCGAAACCGAUGAGCACACCCAAAUCUCCCCCAGAUCAUUCAUCUCUAAAAGCCAAACUGGCACAUAUGGAUAGGUCUCCCCGUGAUACACCUCAACAAACACCAGAGCCAACAUCUAUGGCUCUAAGCACAGACAUAGACCAACCUUCCACGUCACAGGACCGAACAGACCAAUCAGAACACCCAGGUGGGGCUGCAGAUGCCAGUAGUCCAUCUCAGGACAGGAUGCCCUUGACGAACUCAGAAAAUACACAGGUCUGCCUCGGAGUGGGAGAUGCGGCUGAUGAUGUCCUCCUGCGAGAUCAAGAUGCAGACAACAACAGUGAGGAUGAGUUAGAGCCGGAUGAAGAAGAGCUGCUGAGAGUGCUGGCUCGUUGUAAUCCCAUUUUAUUCACAUUUAGUAAGUGACAGGAUGGCCGACAGAAAAUGGAGGAUGUAAAGUGAAGAUGGAUGAAGCCAGACAGCUGACAAUGGAGAUGUCAUCAAGAAUGAAAAGAAACACUGCAGCCUGGUUCUGCUUGUGUUGCACUGCUGAGACAAAGAGGACAGAAUACAUACACAAGAUCUACAGCACAUGGGCCACAAAAGAAGACAUGGUCAUUAUUCACACUGUAUAUUAUAUAUCUAAAACUAAACACACAAUAACACACACUCAAAUUAUAUCAUAUAGUUGACUGGAUGACAGGAAUGAGCGACGUUGCAUGCACAAAACACAGUUACACUGAUGAUGUACGACAGCCUGAAUGAUUCAGUCAUGAAUCAACAUAUUGUCAGCAAAUGUUUACGAAUAAUAAUGAGACUGAAUAAUGAAUGAAUGAAUGAAUAAAAUAUAAAUCUAUAUGAAAUCACAUGUAGAAAGCAAAACACCUGCUUUGACAUCAAAUGUUUGCCUGUUUAAACUCACAGAGAAAAAAUGUAGCAGCAGUUUUGCGCCCUGUGUGCUUGCAUGUAGAUUUAUGCAUUAAUUGUUUUGUUAUGUUUGCCCUACUUUUGAACAUUUUGAACACAUACGAACAUGA